AUGAAUUCCGAAAACAACUACAACAACAGUAACUCUACCAUGAAUGCCAACAAUGACAACACAGAAUACCGGCAGGAAGCCGGCAACCCUCGACAAGAGACCAACACCGAAAGACCAAGCACCAAUUAUGAGUCUGGGAACCAAAACUUAAACCAAAACGACAACAGGCAAAAGAAAGACCGUGUGCCAAGCAAGGGUAUCGCCGGUUUUAUGGAGUCGAACUUCGGAGCCGACAAAACAACCACGUCCACUUUUGAGAAGUCUCAGGGAGAAAAAUUUGGUGCAAACUUCGAUGAUACUGGCGAUAAGCUUAAGGAGAAUUAUGGUGAUUCUAAGUCUCAGAUCGAAUCCGCCGGUGAUGCGAAGGCAUCUGGUUCCGCUCGCCAUGGAGAACAUACGACAGAAGGGAACCGAGGUAAUAAAGCUGGCGCUGGCGCCAAUGCUUCACAAGGGAAGGGCCAUGAGACAGGUACCCAUAAAGAGGGAUUUGGUCAAAAGCUCAAGCACAGAGCCGAAGGUAGGCUUAUCGGGCAUAAAUACCAAUUAACUCUGGCAUCAAGCUAA